AUGAACCGGAACUACAAGAAUCACUCAUUACCCCCAGCGGACGAAGUGACGUACGCAAAGCAACAAUUGAGAACAGCCCACGGCGGAUAUUGUAGUUUAUUAGGACUUCAGUGGAACAAAUCCUCUGACACCAUCAGUGUUACCAUUUCCACCGAGUCAGUGAAACCAACUAAGCGAGGAACUUUACAGAAACGUGCGAGAAUCUAUGACCCGUUGGGUCUAGUGUCACCGCAAACCCUUCAAGGAAAUCUACUGAGAGAUAUAUAUGUCAGAAGAAGAUCGGAUGGGACGUAGAUAUCGAUAGCGAAGUAAAGAAGAAACUAGUACGUUGGGAACGAGACCUACCGAACCAAGUCACGACAGAGAGAUCGUUAGUGAAGUUCCGCGAGAACAUAGAUUCAAUAGAACUACAUGCUUUCGGGGAUGCAAGUAACCAAGGCGUCUCAACCGCUGUGUACGCAAUUGUCCAUCAACCAUCAGGUGUUAGCCUUGGACUAGUGGCUGCAAAGUCGAGAUUGGCAAAGCAAGGCCUCAUCACCAUACCUCGUCUGGAGCUGGUGUCUGCCCAUAUGGCUGCUAACCUCGUCAGUAACGUGGAAAAAGCUUUGGGCGGAUUUCCAAUCACUGUAAUACAAGAGUGGCUCGACAGCACAGUCACACUUCAAUGGAUCAACGGCGGGGGAGAGUACAAACAAUUUGUUGCAAAUCGAAUCUAG